ACACCAAAUCAUCAAACAAAUUUACGAGUAUAGCGCAAUUAAAGGGAAAGGAAAUAGUAUCACUAGCCAUCUACCAGUCACAAAGAUGGGAGCAAUACAGACCUUCAGAUGGAUUUUCCCAAAGCAAGGACUCUGCGUCACCACUGAUGUUGCAAUUUCCCAUGAUCACAUGGCAGCAGCAGCGAUCAUCCGGCAGAGAAACGGAAAUUUCAUUGGAGCAUGGACAAAAAUUUCGCAGGGUGAAACAGACCUAGAACAAGGGGGCCCGAGGUCCGUUAACCUCGUGACCGCUCCGGGGCCCGUUAAACACCCGAGGCAGAUAGCCCACUAUAAGAAGCCCAAUGAAAGCCCAAUCUAAAGACCAACCCCAUAAAUCUGCUAACACUUCCCAGGGGGUCACCCAUCAUUUCUGCUACUCCAUGGCCAGCACGCUUAACUCCCUUAAAAUUCCCCCAAAGUUGCCCUUUCUGAGGAUCGAACCCGGGUGGUGUGGUUCGUCAAUCAACCCUGUGACCAUCU